UUUUCCAAUACUAUAAACAGGCGUCCAGUGGUAGAUCUAGGGCAUUGCAUUGCAUUGCAGUAGAAGAAAUGAAGGUCGCCCCUAGAGUAAUACUACUGUUCAGAGAUACUAGCGGCUUCGGCACCGCCAUCUUCGAAGCUCUUCAACCUAACGCUAACUCCAACCUCCGAAGGCGAGAAGAAUCGCUGGAUUUAUCCUUAGAACGUUACGGAAUCAAAGAUCAAAAGGUUUCGGUCGAGAUUGUUCAUUUUCUCGAUGGCUCAAAUCUCUACGAGGUGUCUGUGUUGCUUUUGGAAAAUUACAAGCCUCCAACACUUGCUUGCGCUCUCAAUGAGGUUCUCUCAUUGUUAGUAGGAGAUGGGUCAUCAAAUAUGCCCACAAUUGUAGCCCCUUUCUUUGUGGCUGACACCAAGCUUAAGAUGGAAAAUAGAACUUCCUUUGGAGUUGACAACAUCUCAGUUUAUGGUUUGCAAGUAGGUGUCUCCAGUGGUCUUACUAAAGCUUUGAUCACGAAUUUGCAAGGCCCACCCCCUUCGUUGCAGAUUUUCCACGAAGAGUUGGCCUGCUUACUUCAGUUGGCUCGAGUCUUGAAAAUGCCUACUUUAGUUAUAAUUGGCAAAAAAGGUCAAAAGUUGCAUUGUAAGACUUCCGAAGACGAACUUCAGGUACGUUAUAAAUGUAAUAUGCUUGUUCAUCAAAUGGAUUAUUUUCAUGCUUUGAACACGAGGCUUCUUCCCUGUGGUAUCUAGGUUUUUGACAUCAUGCAGAAGUAAUGAAACAGAACAGGACUGUGUUCUGGGCUUCUCAGUUUCUUAUGUAAAUUUUAAGAUCUAAUCUUUUGAAUGAUUUAAUCCUGAGAAAUUGUUUUUCUGCAUGUUUUAUAAACUGAAGGGAAAAGGGGAGGGGAGAAAGCACUUUAAAUAGAGUAAAUUUAGCUUCAGCGUAGUUUCUAUUGUUAUAUUCUAUAGCAGCUGGCCGAGCUGAAUGGCUUAUGUAUUGCCAGGCAGUAAGUUAUUACAGCUGCAAAAAUGAAAUCUGAAUGGCAAGAAAACCAGCUCUUGGUUGCUUAAGUUCAAGCAGAUCAAGAUAGACAAAGCCUUACAUUGUCUUUGAUUGAAUAUAAUCAACUUUUUAAAGUCUGAUAACAUUAUUGGUCGCCUUUUCUGUGACAAGUAACACAAAAAACAACUUGAUUAGGGAUUUAACUUACUGCUGGAAGAAAAGCACUUUUAAUAGAAUAGAUUAGUUAGGGGAUUUAGCUUUGUUGCAGUUAUUCGUGAUAAUAUCCUAUUGCAGCUGGCCGAGCUGAGUGGCUUAUGCAUGCCAGGCAGUAAGUUAAUACAGCUGCAAAAUUCAAACAUGAGUGGCAAAAAAACCAGCUCGUGGUUGCUUGAGUUCAAGUAGACCAAGAUAGAUAAAGCCAUAUAUUUUCUAUUGGUUAAAGCUAAUUAAAUUUUGGUCUUUAUAAAAUUAACAUUACUGUUUCCUUUUCUAUGACAAGAAACCGAAACAAAUAACUUGACUAGGGAAUGUACUACUGAAAAUAAGCUGAAACAAAGCACUUUAAAUAGAAUGUAACUCUCUUGCAGUUACCCUUGAUAUAUCCUAUUGCAGCUGGCCGAGCUGAGUGGCUUAUGUAUGCCAUGCAGUAAGUUAAUACAGCUGCAAAAUUCAAACCUGAGUGGCAAAAAAACCAGCUCUUGGUUGCUUGAGUUCAAGUAGAUCAAGAUAGUUAAAGCCAUACAUUCUCUUUGGUUAAAUAUACAUCAGCUUUUAAGUCCUAUAGAGUGAUAUUAACACCAUUGUACCCCUUUACUCUGACAAGUAACAGAAACAAAUUAAGGAAUGAACAUCUGAAAAUAGGAGGCUGACUUGUGGAUGCAACUAUACAUUUUAAAAAUUGGUAAUUGCUCUGAAGGUGUCUUAAGCAAACCAACAUUAUGGUUCAAGGGAUUUGAUUGAUAGAGCUAUCGACUUGAAUAUUAUGCCAUUAUCAUCUAAAGUUCCCUGACCAGAAUGACAGAUCUACCUGUCUUUGAUUUGAUUAAUUUCUGAUCCAUAUCCAAGCAUUUUCUUGGGGAUCCUCCCUUACCAUUUCUGUAUAUCAGUGGACGGGCUCGAU